UUCACGCUUUGGUUGGUCACGUAUGCUGCUGAAACAUCAGAGAAUAACAGUUGGCACUGAAUAUUUGGCUUAAUAAUUACUUAUAUGUGCAUUUCUGCUCGAUUCCAGUGUCAAGCUGAGCCAAAUAUUAUUUGCCAUUCAUGAUGAAGACACUAUCGCCAAUUUGCUUCCAAACUCAAAGCCUGGUGGCUUUAGUUCUCAUCCUGGGCUUGGUGCAAAAAUCCAUGGCUUAUUUUAUCACAGUGGAUGCUCACGCGGAGGAGUGUUUUUUCGACAAGGUCAAGAUGGGCACGAAAAUGGGUUUGAUGUUUGAGGUGGCGGAGGGCGGAUUCCUGGAUAUUGAUGUCCGGAUCGAGGGUCCUGAUGGCAAGGUGGUCCACCAAGGAGAGCGCGAGUCCAAUGGGAAGUACACGUUUGCCGCUCAUAUGGACGGUGUGUACAAGUAUUGCUUCUCCAAUCAAAUGAGCACCAUGACCCCCAAGAUUGUCAUGUUCAGUAUGGAUGUGGGCGAGAGUCCGAGCGAUAACACCAAUGCGGAUGGAGAUGAGCCUAGUCAUAACAAGUUGGAAGACAUGAUCAAGGAAUUGAGCACAGCUCUCACUGGUGUGAAACAUGAACAGGAAUACAUGUCGGUGCGUGAUCGCAUUCAUCGGGCCAUCAACGAGAACACGAAUUCGCGCGUGGUCAUGUGGUCCUUCUUUGAGGCUUUGGUCCUCGUCGCAAUGACUCUGGGACAAGUAUAUUACUUGAAGCGAUUCUUCGAAGUUCGUCGUGUGGUGUGAAGGGGCGCAUAACCCGAAAUCCCUCCCUUACUUCAUCUCCUUGACGCACAUUCUUCGAAAAACUGUGAUUCAUCGUUUCCCUUCGCUUUGGCUCUCAUUGGCCUUUCAUUGUUGACAGAGGGUCUUGAGAGCGGCACAAGCAAAUAACAACUUCUUGGAUGGUUCCGUCAUCUGUCCACGGGGCCUUCAAGUCGAUGAAGAUGGCCCAGGUUUCAUUCAUUUCAUUUCCACCUCGAAACGCUUCAUUUGUUUCAUUGCUUUUGUUAAUAAUAAUAAUAAAAAUGGACAGAAACGGUA